GUAUAUGUUGUAUGUGUUGUGUGUUUAGUCAGUUGUGUGCGACAGUUGUGUAGUGAGUGUUGUGUUUGUGUUUAUUAGUCAAUACAUUGAAAACAUGUAUUUAUAUUACUAUUUAUAUUAUAAUAAUUGUAUUGUUUGUAAAUUUUGGCCACAAUUAUGACCUAAAGUGAUGCCAAACACGACUGUCCACACUGACACACAUACCAGUGCUCAUUGCCAACCAUCAUAUCAUGAACUUAAUCAACUUAACCAUAGAUUAUCAUAUAUUGUGGACUAUUGGCCACCAAUUGAAUCGAUCGAUGCCUUGAAUUGAAUCAAUACAUGAAUUGUUGUGAAGACUAUUUGCCAUAAAUAGAAAUACCUGUCAUAUUAGACAUCGUCUCAAACAAUGGCUUUAUUUGUCAAUAAAUGUCUCAAAUGAUACUAAUGUCUUAAAAUGGCCGCUAAUAAGAGAUUAUGUUGUGUUCGCGUCGGAAGAAUAUCGUCACAAUUGAAUCACAAUUAUCACCCAAACAUCAACAAUGAUAUGAAUAUUGAGUCCAAUGUGUUGACUAAUGGUACGGAUUAUCGGCUAAAUAGUUAUCACAACAACUGUGUCACCAAUUAUCACAACAACGGUAGCCAUUCGUCAUUGUCUUCACGCAAUCAUCUAUUAGGAAAUGGCCGACAAGUGGAAACAUUGUUGGAUAUUUGUGCAAAAGUGGUGGCAAUUCAUGUGCCAUUUCAAAGGAUUGAGGAACGAUAUGAACGAAUCCCUGAACCCGUCCAAAGACGGAUUAUCUUCUGGUCCUUUCCUCGAAAUGAGAGAGACAUCUGUAUGUACUCUUCUCUCAGCAGUGAAUGUGCCGCUUGUGGUGACACUCAGAAACUGCCCUUUUAUAAAGGUUUACGACUAUUUGAAAUGGGAUCUGUUGACAAUGUUCUUCAAGUCGGCUUUCAUUUAAGUGGUAUAAUAACAACAAAGUCUACAUCACAACAAUCUGGUUAUACAGAGGCAGACAAGCGCUACAAUGUCUCCAUCACUUUUGACAGAUGCAAAAUAACUUCAGUUACGUGUAGUUGCGAUACAAAAGAUAUAUUUUGGUGCCAACAUGUGGUCGCACUGGCGCUGUAUCGUAUCAGAAAUGCCACUUCUGUUUUACUUCGGGUUCCCAUAUCUGAAACAUUAUUGCAAUUGGAUAGACAACAGUUACAAAAAUUACUUCAAUACCUAAUAGCCGAACAUCAUACCGAAGUAUUACCGACUGCUCAGAAACUGGCCGAUGAGAUACUUCAGACCCGUUCCAUUAUAAACAAAAUUGCCGGCGCACCCGAUCCUACUGCCGGUGCUUGUGCUGAAGAUGAACACAGCUGGCACUUAGAUGAGGAGCAAGUGAGCGAACAGGUUCGCUCCUACCUAUCUCAAGGGGGCUAUUAUAAUGCAAACAAACAGCUCAACGCAUUGUUUGCCAAAGUUAAGGAAAUGCUGAGGGCUAAGGACUCUAACGGUUCUCGGAUGUUGAGACUCAUAACCGAACAGUUUCUUGCAGACCCUAGACUUCCCAUUUGGCGAUCACAGGGUACUCCAAUGACAGAUAAAUGUCGACAAUUAUGGGACCAGUUGGGAGCUCUUUGGGUUUGCGUUGUUCUCAAUCCGCACAGCACUCAGUCAGAUAAGAACAACUGGAGGGAGCUAUUAGAGAGAUGGUCUCGAUUACAUGUCUGUCCUUUAGAAGACGCGGAUUUUCGACCACUUAGUAGGCGUCGACUGCAGAUAUUUGACUCAUCCGAUGAUGAAGAAGAACAAACAGAUAGAAAUAGAUCGACAUCUUCUUCAGCAUUAUCCAGACAUCACUCGAGUACCAGAAGAUCAUCAAAUCAUACAAAUUCAUCACUACCUCGUACUAUAUUUCAUAGGGCACUGGAAGCCAGUCAUUUAGAGUGGGAUAACUCACACCUCAGGUUUAUCCUCGAACACGACGGUCCCGUUGUUGUCUAUGAACCGCACGCUUCCGAGACAUUUGACUAUCAAGGAUAUCCACUUUGGAACGAGAGCAUACCAACUGCUUGUGCCAGAGUUGAAGCUCUUCGAUCUCAUGGUUACCGACAGGAAGCCCUUCGAUUAGCCGUAUCUAUUGUCCGGACACUUAAAAAACAUCAAUUGGACUGUCAAUCCAUUUGGCAUUCAGAUAAUUACAAACACGGGGCUUCCACUUCAUCGGGAUCAUCAUCAACUACACAUUCCUCUCACUCAAUACAUUGCAAUACUGAAGGGUGGAUUGGUCAUCCACUUGAUCCAAUUGGAUCUUUAUUCGAUACAUUAGCUGAAACAUCACUCACUUCAGAUAGCAAACCAUUGGACUCAUAUUACGGUUCAUUUUUGACUGAGAUCUCAAACAAUUCGAGUAAUACAACCAAUAAUAACAGUCAAAUGGCUUCAAUAUUACAUGAAGAGUCUUUGGCCAACAAUAGUUCAAAUCUUACGGUUCCUGUGAUCAGAGAGAGACCUCGAUAUCAUCAUAUGAUUGUUCCCGGAACUAGAGAUAGAAAUGAAACAUAUUUAACAUUAGCAAUGGAGGCCGGACUUAUUGGUUUAGGCCAACAGCGUCUAAUGCCAACCGGUUUUUAUGCACAAGAAAAGGCCUGCAAACAGGAGGACAAAAUGAUUGCCAAAUUACAAGACAUCGAAAUCGAUAGCAUUUUACUAUCUGUUCUUCGUAGACAAACAAUGACAUUUCUAGAGGGCGGACCAUUUAGUGGGUUAGGCACUGGUGUUCACCCCGAAAGUGUUCCGAUGCAUACAUUUGCCAAAUAUUUAUUUAACGCUUUACUUAAUUCUGAUAUUGAGUUGGCAUACAAUGUCGGCUUAAGAGCUAUGAGGCUUCCAAUACUUGAAAAUCACGACGAUAUUGAUGAUAAUGGUAUUGCUAUCCAUAGUGGAGUAUUGGGACGAUAUCCGCGAUGGUUUACAUUAGCGCACAUUGAGAUGCAACAGUGCUCUCUGGCCUCAACAAUGUUGUCGGCCGCCAAAAGUGAUAUGACUCGCUUAAGACUAGUUUUAAAGUCAGCGUUACGUAACAUUCAUAGUUCAACUCAACUGUUUAAGUUAGCUCAGGACGCUUUCCGAAUUGCCGCACCUAUUGAUGGAAGUCCUAGACAUCCAAAUUUAUUACACAUAUCAUUUGAUUUAGGACUACAAGUGAUGAGAAUGACAUUAUCCUCAUUAAGUUGGCGUCGAAGAGAUAUGGUUCGAUGGCUGGUCACAUGUGCCACCGAAGUUGGUCUCGAUUCUCUUAUUUAUAUAAUGACCAACUGGUUGUGUCUUUUUACACCCACCGAAGCUACCGGUCCUGUGGCCAGUUCUAUAAUGUCUCACUCGACUGUUAUGCGAUUAUCCCUUGAUUUUGGUCAACAGGAAGAGUUAUCGAGCUGUGCCAGAGCUCUAGCUCUUGAAUGCGCCCAAAAGGAUCCACCAAAUUGUGCUCUAAAUGCUUUAACAUUAUGCGAGAGUGAUCAGCAAACAUUUGAGAGCGCCUAUCAUAUUGUAUGUGAAGCCGGUGCUACUGGUGUUAUGAAUAGUUCACAACUGUUCACAGUAGCCCGAUAUAUGGAACACAGGGGUUAUCCCGUACGUGCCUACAAAUUGGCUGUGUUAGCCACUAAAGGAGUCCAUAUUUCAUAUAAUGGCGAUAACCAUCCAUCGAUUAAUGACGUCCACUGGGCUUGUGCUCUGGCACAUGGCUUAGGCAAAAACGAGUUGUCAGGUCUGGUACCACUGUUGGUCAAGAAUGUCCAGUGCGCCCCUGUAUUGUCAGACAUAUUAAGACGCUGUUCAAUUGGUGCUCCCGGUGUGGGAACAUGUAGUAGUGAAAAACGCAGAUGUUUUAAAUCAUUGCCUUUGGACAGACCUCCACUACGACAACUGUUGGACGCAGCCAUUACUGCAUACGUGAAUACAACACACUCACGUCUAACACAUAUAAGUCCCCGACAUUACGGUGACUUUAUUGAGUUCCUCAGCAAAGCUCGUGAAACGUUCCUAUUGGCACCCGAUGGUCACAUCCAGUUUGCAUCACUCAUUGAAAAUAUGAAAAUGGUAUAUAAGGGCAAAAAGAAGCUCAUGUUUCUAGUCAAGGAACGGUUCGGUUGACCCAACCCUUCAUUAGACACCAUUAACUAAUUUAACUUAACUUCCAUUUUUUAUAUAAUAUAUUUUAUUUAUAUUACGUUUUU